AAACAUAAACAAAAUAAUCAUUAGUGGUUCGUGUCACUGGGGGGCCCCAUGCAAUUCCCCGUCGGAUACCGUUUUUUGAAAUUCUCGAUUAAUUCAGCAUCGACUAGUUUAAUCCCGUCCACUUGGUUGCCCAAUGUGAUCCAAUUGGGUUGAAUGUUAUGGGGGCGCCCGAACAGCUCUAUUUUCCGCGUCCCGGGUGAGAGUCUCUCGAUCAUUCCGUAGAUUUCAUCAGGUUUGUGACUCGUCGCGCGGACUUCGGCCACAAUCACGUCAGAGUCUAGCCCCCUGUUGAGGUUCUGGGGGUUGCCUUUCAUCCCGACAAGACAAUGCUCUUUGCCAUGGUUCAACCAAUGCCCCGUGCGCCCCGUUCUGAUGAUACGCUGCAAUUGGUUCGUUUUAACCCAAAUUAUCUCAUCCACGCGUUCGUAGCCCCACAAUUGCAAACACUCGCGCCCCAAUUCCAUGGCCCGGCCUGUCACCCAGAGGAAGAUCAGGCCCUCGUCUUGGAGCUGGGGGAUCCCCAACUGUCGCAUCUCGUCGUCUGACAUUGUCCCGUACGGGAGCUCCAUGUGGAUGUCCCAAGGGGGGUCGGCCAUAAUCACAGCAAAUUUUCCUAAAACAGUCAUAUCUAGAUAGCGUAGAUCGCACUGGACCCAUUGUGGGGGGUACAGAGUUGUGCUCUCUUUUGGGGCUACUGAAAUGGCGGUUGUUGCAGGGGCUACGCCCUCGGUUUGGCCACACCGAUCGACUUCAUAAUGCACAUAUUUGCAAGUGUCCAUGUGGAAACAUGUAUUGAGGAAGGAACAAUCGCCUAAAGCUUCAUCUGUGUGCUUUUGGAUGAUUUUUUUGAAAUGUAAUUUUUUGCAUUCUGUUAUGCCGUUUCGCUCGCAAUCAGCCCGAGUUCCAUGGGGGCAAAACUCCAUCAGUUGUUUGCCCCCCUGAGACCUGAAUCGCUCGGCCAACGAACGCUCCUUAGCUGUUGGUUUACUCAACAAAUCUAGAAUUUCUUCCCCCAGUUUUUUACUUUCUUUCUCCUUCGUUGAGGGCAUUGAUAACAACGACUAAAAACGUAAAAUUGAUUAAAUUGAGACAGUUUCAUAAAACAGGUACCAUUAUAUCAGCUUUGGGUUCUUUCUUCUCCUUUUUUCUCUUCUCUUCAUCUUCAGUCUUCUCAGAGUCACACCUCUUCCGUUUCAGGGUUUCCCUCACGUCGUUACCACUCUUCUCUGGUAAAAACUCAGCAAUCAUUGCGUUCACUUUGGUCACAUCUAUAAAAGUCACCUCUACCACGUUCUUCCCCUCUUUGACGCCAUCCUUGAUGGCGAUCAACUUCUGGGUUGAGAAUUUUUGUAACAGAUUACAAACUUCCUUAUGUGAGGCGUGUCGUUUCAGAGUCAGUUUCAACGAAUCCACCAGUUCGGUGGACGUCGUGGGGACCUGGAGGGUGACUUCGCUCAGAGCCUUCAACAGCUCUUUCUCCAACUCUGGGUCGAUUUUGACCAAGUCGAUUUCGCCCUCCUCGGGCCUUUUCGCCUCUUCGCUGUUCCCGGUCGCUGCAUGGGGGCUGUCGGACAGGUGCACGGGCGACGAGUUGAGACUCGAACCGAGGAUGUCCUGGCGCUCCUUUUUGCGCUUUUCUAGCCGCUCGCGGAGGAUGUUGCGCUUGCUUUUGAUGGCCUGGAUCUCUUCCCAAGCGUCCGACAUGGCGAAAACGCGUCUUUUCAACUUUUCACAACAAGCUAACGCAUUUUUUGGGGUUAAGUCAAACGUCAAUUGGCAUAACCUCAUUUUUUUUAGGUUAUGUUCGAUUGACUCGUUUUCGGAAAAAGUUGAAAAUGAGUAAAAGACAAGCGUUGCAGUUAUAUAAAUCGUUGAUUCGGGAGUCUAAGAAAUUUCCGACUUAUAAUUUUAGACACUAUGCAUUGAGGAAAAUACGGGACAGUUUUCGAGAGAAUAGACAGUUGACAGACCAGGAAACUAUAAAACAGAAAAUGGAUGAAGGGGCUCGCAAUUUAAAUAUAAUCAAAAGACAAGUGGUUAUAGGUCAACUAUAUAGUAGUGAAAAACUGGUCAUUGAGCACAUUGGGACUGAAAAAAGUUAAAUCUUAGUUUUUGUUAUGGUUUGUAAUGUCAGAAAUAAUAAGUAAUAAUUGUUUAAAAAA